ACAAGUCUCUUAGUACCUCCAAAAGCGCACAACCAACAAUCAACCGACAGCCAACCAACCAACCAACGGCACCGACACUAAACUAACUACCCCAGUGCACGACGGACAGAUUGUUCGAACGCCUGACCAAACCGCACGUCUGCCCCAGUGAACACGUAAAAAUUGUGCAAAGUACGAAUCGAAGGAGUGCAACGCCAAUUGCUACAGAUAAAGGCACCGCGCGGUUAACUUCAAAUAAUAUAUAUUACAUCUAUUUUCAUAUAUAUUUUUACCACGAAACCAAAGACGUAAACAAAAAGAUUAUUUGUUAUAAUUUUUGUUUUAAACCAAAGUGCAAUUUGGCUGCUUACAUACAUACAUACAUGUUCAAACUGUUGUGCUUUCGCAGCGUAUCCAAACACGAGAAAAUAGUAAAUAUCCAAAGCAAAUAGCAAAGAAAUUUGUGGUGUUAAAAUAAAAGUGUGCAUAAUUUGCAUAAAAAAGUGCAGAAAAGUGUUUGAUGAUUUGUUGUUGCAGCUGUUGCUUUUGAGAAAGAGUUUACACAGCUAUUAUUGUGAUUUGUGCAUUUCUUGUGUACAAUUUCCAAACUACCUAGUUGUAACCCCAGUGGAUACGCGGCAAAUUUGUCUCAACAAAAUGAAAUUCAUAGCUUCCGUACUUGUUAUCUUCAUGAGUUUGGCUCUGGUCAUGGGCCAACGGUUCUUCCCUAUACCGACAAACUUCAACUUUAACUCAGGCGGUCUGUCGUCUCCAAAUGCAAUUCGGGAUGGACGCACUAACCGAGGUCCCGUGCUGUUCCCACAAUCACCACCAAAUCCACUUGAUGAGAGCAGCGGCGUGAUAGUUGGUGCUUCCGGUUAUGGCUUCGUGCCACCCCAACAACAAAAUUCCGGCGAGACUUAUUAUACCACUGCUUAUCGAGUGCCGGCCGAUUCGUACACCGCCUUCAACUACUUCAGCGAUCCAUAUUCACACCAGUUUACUUUGCUUUAAAAGAAAUGUGGAUAAA